AUGUGCGACAAUCUUUCAUUGUAUAAAACAUAUAUUCCGUCACCAACAAUACUUUCAUCAACACAAUCAACAACAAUGGCUCCACAGUUCUAUCCUAUGAAUAGUGAUGAUCAACAACAUCGACCGUUUAUGAGUAUCAAACGAAAAUUUUCAGAUUAUGAAGAUAAUAAUUCAUCAUUAACAACACUUGAACAUGUUUCAACAUCAUUUGAUUCUAAUAAUAGUGAUGAUGAAGAUGAUGAAGAUGAUGAUGACGGUAGUUCAGGUGAUGAUGAAACAAUAAGUGAUGAUGAAUCAAAUAAUGUAGAUUCAAUAACACGUGUAACAACACCUUGUACAAUAACACAACGACGUCAUAGUGAUACAAAUCAUACGUCAUCAUCAUCAUCAUUAUCUUAUGGUACACCAAUUGUUAAACGUCGAUGUACAUAUUCAUCAAUGCACGAUGAUGAACAAAAGCGUUCUGUACUUGUUGAAUCAUAUCGAAAGUUACGUGGUGUAAAGAAACCAAAACUUCAAGUUAGUUUACUUAUAUGUAAUUUAAUAAAACGAUUGGAAAAAACUUUUACAAAAUCGCCACCUCCAUCAAGACAACAGCAACAACAACAUGUACAGUAUUAUCAACCUCGAACAACAUAUCGUUCAUCAUCAUCAGAUAGUAUUUAUAUGUCAACAUCACUACCAUCAUCAUUAGGUACUGAUGAUAUUGAAACAACAACAAUAACACCAAUAAAUCAACAGUAUUCACCACCACAUACAUCAAAUUAUGAUUCAGAUAAUGUAUUAUUACCUGUUGGAGAUAUAAGAUCAACAUCAUCAAUGUAUCAUCCAUCAUCAACUGAUGCAUAUUGGCUUGCUCAAUCGAACUUUGCUAUACCUGUUGUAUCAACAUCAGAUGAUGAUGUUGAUGUAUCAUUACAGGGUGGUGGUGAUUAUCUUGAUUUAAGUGACAAUACUUUAGCGUCUUCCUUUUCAUCUUGUUCUUCUGCACCUUCUUCUGUAUCUUCAUCUUCUUCAUCUUCAUCAGAAUUAAUAUCAUCAUCAACAUCAAUAUCAAAUGAUUGUUGUUGUUCAUCAACAUCAUCUUCGACAAUGACAAAACUUCUUGUUGAUACGAAUAAUAAUAAUAAUAAUAAUGAUGAUUAUUAUGUUUAUCAUCAUCAUCAUCAUCAACAACAACAUCAUCAUAUUCAUCAUCAUGCUCAAAUUCAUUCAAAUCAAGACUUACAUUCUCAUCAUCAUUCGUCAUUAUCAGAACAAGCAUUUUUUUAUCAUCAUAAUGGAAAUAAUACCGUUGAUAUUAUUACAACAGCGUGA